AAAUACCACUUUUUACGACCAGGUGGUGGCGGUAAACUAUAUUGGUUAACGUAGAAGAAAUUCUCGGAAGUACGUUCUCUCUUUCAUUAACAGAAAUGGCAGUCUUGUAAAGGAAAUAACGUUUGAGCUCAAACACCUUAAUUGAUUUAGGAUACAUAAUCGUAUUUUUCUGAACUGCCUUAGUCACAAUGGGAGGCGGCGAUCUUAACCUGAAGAAAAGUUGGCACCCGCAAACGCUCAAGAACAUCGAGCGCGUGUGGAAGGCAGAGCAGAAACAUGAAGCAGAACGGAAGAAGAUUGAAGAGUUGCAGAAGGAGCUGAAAGACGAACGAGCUCGAGAAGAAAUCACGAAAUUCGCGCAGGAAACGGGAACUUUAAAAAAGAAAGAUGAACGUCUGGACUGGAUGUAUCAGGGCCCAUCAGGGCAUAUCUCUCGUGAGGAGUACCUUUUGGGUCGUCCCAUUGACAAGCAAAUCACACAGCAGUAUGAAGAGCAGGAGAGUGGGCCAUCUGCUGAGACAGGUCUCCUGCCUGGCUCUAUAUUCAGCACCGCUACUUCAGUUUCUAGCCUUGACAUGGCUGCCAAGAUAAGGGAAGAUCCACUUUUUGAGAUUCGUAAACGCGAGGAGGAUAAAAAGAGAAGUGUUCUCACAAACCCUGUUAAAAUGAGAGAAAUUAAAAAAAUGUUGCGUCAGAAUAUUGAAAAGGAGAGGAAGAAGAGAAGAAAAAAGGACAAGAAGGGGAUGAGAGAAGAAAAGAAAAAAAGAAAAGAGAAAAAGCACAAAAGGAGGAGUUCUAGCUCUGACAAGGAAGACAAAAAGUGCCGGUCAAAGGAAGAAAAUGGAUUUGUCACAAGCUCUCAUUCAGAUCAUAAGUCUAGCUAUGGACUUCAGUUACCAGCCGGAAGAUCCCAUCAGUCUUUAGAGUAUCAUCAUGCAGAUCACCGUACAAGAGAGAGGAGUCACUCACCACUGGGCAACCACUUCUCCCAUGUGGAGGACAAGAGGCCCAAGCCCAAAGCUCCCAGCCCCCCCAGACACAGAGACCGCUUCCACAGACCCCAGUACACCAACUACAGCAAACGACUCUCGGCAGAAGAGCUGGAGAAGAGGAGGAAAGAGAUGAUGGGCUUUGCCCGUGACCGAGAGGAAGAGAGAGAAAGCAAUGUGCUGAAGUACAAACGACAAGAUGAAGAGGAGAGAGCCAGAGACGGCACCAGAUACGGCCGUGACGCCGGUUUCAUACACAAUAUGAAGCUGGAAAGUGCUUCCACCUCGUCACUGGAGGAUCGAGUAAAAAGGAACAUGCACUCUAUUCAAAGGACCCAAGCAUCUUUGGAGAAGAACUUUAUGAGACGAUGAGCAUGACGAAACCUACAGUUAUCAGUCUUGAAACAAGAAAUCAAACUUGAAUCAAAGAAAUCAAACAUCAGUCCAAUUUUGACUGAUGACGCAAUCAGUAUGGCUUGUUCUUGGCAUGGAAGCAUCACCCCUGACCAACACACCAAAGCCAAGUUCACCAGCAGUAAUAUUACCACAAUGCCACAACUCUUACUUGUAGAGACACCUAGUAACCCUUAUUUUAAAUGUUAUUGAAACCUGUGUAUAAGUUUGACCUUUUUGUACAGUAUGAAAAUGUGUAGCUUAGUUUUUUUUUGGCGGUUACAUUCAAACGUUUAGUCUUUCUGUUGGGUUUUAAUGCAGUCUUUAUAGUUAACCUUAGUGAACUCUUCAUAGUGUGUUUUAUGAUGUAAAAAUAGUAGUAUAUAAAGCAUGGACUCAUUCUGUUC